AUGACUGAUGAAAAUCCACCACUCAUCAUUGAUAAUGGUUCCUCUCUAAUGAAAGCUGGUUUUUCUGGUGAUGAAGCUCCACUUGCAGUCUUUCCCACAGUAACUUCACAACAAAAAGUAGCACCCAUCCUCCUUUCAAUGGGCUCUAUCACAACAUACGUUGGAGAUAAUGCAUUGUGUAGGAGGGGUAUUAAUGUUUACAAAUAUCCAAUUGAUCGUGGAUUGAUUACUGAUUGGUAUCAUAUGGAAAAGAUAUGGCAUCAUACAUUUUAUAAUGAGUUAAGAGUUGCUCCUGAAGAACAUGAAGUAUUAUUGAUGGGAAUGCCAUUAAAUUCAAAGGAAACGAAAGCGAAAAUGGCACAAAUCAUGUUUGAAAGUUUUAAGGUGCAAGGUUUGUGUUUGGCAAAUCAAUGUGCCAUGUCAAUAUUUGCAAGUGGUAGAAUGACAGGUGUAGUAUUGGGAUCAGGAGAUGGCGUCACUAAUUCAGUACCUAUUUAUGAAGGAUAUGCCCUAUCACAUGCCACCAAUAGAUUGGAAUUAGGAGGCAAAGACCUGACAGAUUAUUUGAAGAAAAUGUUAAUGGAACGAGGAUAUAAUUUCAACACCAUGGGCGAAACUGCAAUAGUCAUGGAUAUGAAGGAAAAAACUGGUUAUGUUGCCAGUAAUUUUGUGGAAGAAACAGCGAAAGAAAGUUUAUAUGAAUUACCAGAUGGAAAUGUAAUUUCACUUGGAAGGGAAAGAUUCAAAACUACUGAGAUAUUAUUUCAACCAAAUCUUAUUGGAAUGGAGGUUGCUGGAAUUCAUGAAAAUAUUUUCACUUCUAUUAGAAAGUCAGAUUUGGAUAUUAGAAAGGAAUUGUAUUCGAAUAUUGUUCUUUCAGGAGGAUCGACAUUGUUUAAUGGAAUUGUUGAACGAUUGAAUAAUGAGUUGAGAGAAAUAUCUCCCUCCACAAUGAAAAUUCGAAUAACAGCACCACCAGAAAGAAAGUACAGUACAUGGAUUGGUGGCAGUAUUUUCUCCCAAUUGCCAACUUUCCAAUCAACUUGCAUAACAGCACAGGAAUAUGCAGAUGUUGGUAGUGCAAUUGUUCAUAGGAAAUGUUUCUAG